AUGCCCCCCGCACUACGCCGCCAUGCCGCGCCGCGCUCCCCCCCUCCAGGGCGCAGGCGCCGCGCGGUGCACGCCGGGAGCGGUAGUUCCUCCGCGCCGGACUACAACUCCCAUGGUGCAGCGCGGCCGCGCCCUGCGCGCCGCCUGGCGGCCGCGCCGGCCCCGACGGGACGGGACGGGACGGGACGGGAGCGGAGCGGGCGAGCACGGUGGGGAGCACGGCGCUGUCCCGCGCCCCUCCCGAGCCCGGCACGCCUUGGGCCAGACCGCAGACGGACACCACCCCCGGGCCCGGGGACCACGGUAGCCCCGUGCCCCCACAAGCCUCUCCCCCCCUACCCUGCCCGAGGGGCCCGGUCCGGUCCGGUUCGGUCCGUGCCCCUGAUCGCCCGCCCGACGCGGGAGCCGCUCGCCGCCUGGGGCGGCCGGCGGCCCCCCCGCAGCUACGGCCACCUGGAAGGCGACGUGCGCUGGCGGCGGCUCUUCUCCGCCACCCGCUUCUUCCUCCGCAUCGACGGCGGCGGCGGCGUGGAGGGGACGCGCUGGAGGGAGCGGCCGGGCAGCAUCGUCGAGAUCCGAUCGGUGCGUGUCGGCGUCGUGGCCAUCCGGGCGGUGCACACCGGCUUCUACCUGGCCAUGAACAAGCAGGGGAGGCUCUACGGGUCGAAGGAGUUCAGCCCCAACUGCAAGUUCACGGAGCGCAUCGAGGAGAAUGGCUACAACACCUACGCAUCGCUGCGCUGGCGGCACCGGGGCCGCCCCAUGUUCCUCUCGCUCAAUAGCAAGGGCAGGCCGCAGCGAGGGGGCAAGACGCGCCGGCAGCACCUCUCUACCCACUUCCUCCCCAUGCUCGUCAGCUGAGCCCCGUGGGCGGCUCUGGACCGUCCUGUAGGAAAAAAUGGAGAAGAGGGUUAUUUUAUUUAUGUACAUAUCUAUUUUUUUUGCUAUUUAUUGUUUUAUUUUUAAAUGUAUGGCGCAGGAUGGAUGUGGAAGGCAGAUACUCCAGACACAGCCUGCAGCCGUGCAGGGAUGCGGCUCUCCCCACUGUCCUGCCGAGGCAGAGCCGGCCCGGUGCAGCCUGGGGAGCGCAGCCGCCACGUGCUGUCGACGUCGCACCCCUGCCUGCGCAGCCCGGACCAGGUGGCCAUCGCUCUGCUGAUGGCAUCUCUGCAGGGGCUAGGGCUGGGACGGAGGCUGCAGGGCUGGGACGUACCGGCAGGUUGUGUUCGUCUUGUGUCCAAGCACUCGUGGCAAUUAAAGUUGUGUUUAUGGUACGGAAGGGGGAGUGAGUCUUGGAGCUUUGAUGGUGGGUUGGUUCGGGACAGGUGGGGUUGGCUCUCCCAGGGUCGUGGCUGCAGCCACCAGCAUCGUCCCUGCUGCUGCCGGAGGGGAGCCUGGCUGGUCCCUGCCACGUCCAGCUCCUCAUCGACCCACACCCUCACCCGAGCGUGCGGGCAGAGACGCACCCAGCCCAAAACCUCACCCACAGGAAAACACAGCGACGGCUGUUCAGCGGCACAAAGGAGGGAGCAGGAAAAAGCAGCUGCCGGCGGUGGAGAGCCUGGACCCUGCGCUAGCACCACAGGAAAGCGCUUGCAUGCGUGACCCACAGCCAGAGCAGCGCAGGUGCUCUGUGGGGGAGCAUCCCCCAGGACAUGCCAGGCUCUGUGCAAGGGGAUGUGGCCCUGGAGUCCCAAAGGGACAAGGCAGAGGGGGACGAGGGCUCGAGAGGGUCCCUGGUGCCAGAGCAAGAGCCCGGUCACAGCCGAGUGUCCUGCUGCAGCGUUGCAGUGGGCUCUGCAGGACGAGGUGCUGGGCAGCAUUGCAUGAGCCAGCCCGGACCCUCAGGCAGAUGCAGCCCUGGGGCUGCCCCUGCCUGGGAGGAGCUGGGAUGCUGCUCCCCACUCACGUGCAGACCCUGAGCCAGGACAUCAUGAGCAGAAAGAACCAGACCCGCUCUGAGGACCCAUCCCCAGUGGGAGCACUUGGGCCACAGAUGCCCACUCAAGUCGCUGGUGCCUGAUCCCUGCCCUGGAUCAAGAUCUGAAGCACAGUGGGGCAUCCAUCCCCCAGCCUCCCCAGGCUGCAGCCAGUGCCCCCAGGCUGGUCCUGCCCCCCCCCAAGCCCAGCUCCACUCCAUCCUCCCCAGGAAAGAUGGAGCUGGGAAGGAACCAGCUGGGAGGACCAGUCCCUUGCCUGGAGGGGAGCAUGGCCAGAAAUAGCACCCGCGCCUCGGCCUCCCGGCCAGGGCACGUUCCUGCACCGCCCUCCGCACCCGCUGCAGCGAGGCAUCGCAGCCUGGUCACUUUGUCACGUCAGACAUGAGCGAUGGCCCCAGCGAAAACCACCAAACUUGUUCCAUUUCUUACCCAACCAGCUCCAAACGAGUCUGUGAGAGGGAACAGCCACCGCGUUAACUGUGUGGUGGCUGUGGUGGGCAUGGGCACCAGCACUGGCCGGGAGCAGCCAUGUACCCACCACAGGCUUUGCUUCGCCCACUCAAAACCCACCCCGAGCACUGCUCACAUGUGAGAAAUCACGCCCCGAGCUCUGGGGGAGCUGGGAACCUUGUGCCGUGGCCAGCAGCUGAAACGCAGCAGGAGAAGGAAGGUUUUUCCAGGUCUCCCAGGCUGCGUUACAGUGACUAAACAGCAAAGCCUUCCCUCCAUGCCAGCCCAGCUGAUGGGCACAUGCAGGCUCAGCCGGGGACCUUCCUGCUGCCACCCACCUCCUAAGCCCAGGAUCCCGGUGGCAGAAGCUUCUGGCUCAACCUCUGGCGGAGGAUGAGCUAUUAACCCUGAUAUACCAGUCCUGAGAUAAACCCUCGUCCCGCAGGCAUCCGCCCGCCGAGAUGAAAGGCGCCGCUGGGCUGCCCUGGCUGCGCUGGCAAAGCCAAGGAGGAAAAACAUUCCAGGAGAGUUGCUCAGCGCCGGCCGCGUGGCCUCAGCAGGCUUGGCAAAGGCUGUUGCCAUCCACGCUGGGGACGUUUUCUCCAACAAACCUUCUCUUCUUGUAUUCCAAAAUGGCUCAAGAAACACCAAACAAGGCGCCUGCUUUCCUCCUCCAUGGGAGGCACGUCCCUUCCCAGAAAGGUCUCGGGAGGAAGGGCCAGGUCCUCAGGUGAGGCUGCUUUGAAAGACACCAAAGCUCUGCCGGUACCAGGACCUUGAGUGCUCAGGGAGGAAGGCCAGAACCUUCCUCAGCCACUCCCAGCCCCCUCACAGAGCCCCAAAAGCCAGAGAAGACACAGGGAGCCUCCCAAGCCGCUGAACCCUCCAUCCAUCCCCCCCCAGCAGCCCCCACAGGGGCAGGCUCCCCACCUACUGCUCUGGCAUCUGCCACAGCAAGGUCCCGGCACGCAGCCUCUGGAGCGCGCAGUGCCAUCACUGACACCCGGUCAGCGGGUCCGGGAGACCCCCUGACUGCCCAAAGUCCCUGCAACAGAAAGGGGCAUCAGUUGACAUCUGUCCCGUGCCACCGGGGCCAGCCAUGCAGAGCCAUGUGCCACCACCUUGCUCUGCCUGCCGGCUCUGCACCGGGCUGUGUCGCAAAAGCCCAAGCAGAGCAGAAACCUCACCCACUGCUGCCCACGCAAACUCCUCCAAGGACAUCUCCUACCCCAGCGCAUAGCCCUGCCCUGUGCUCCUGAACCAGGCUCCUCUUGGAGCUGGCAUGGCUGUGCCAGAGAUUCAGCGUCACAAGACCAAAACCAAAGGCCCUCGUCAAGAACACCAAGCAAACCCAGGUUUUUGUUUCUCUCGCACCUCCCAGCCCAGGUGAGUGCGGACACAGGCAGCAGGUCAGUUAUUGCCUGCUCCAGUCACAUUCUUUUCAUUCCCCAAGCUCCAGCUCUGUCGCAGAAACUGAGUCACAAACACACCUGGAUAUUUGUCUCUCUCUUCUUUUUUAAUCAGCUGUAUUUUAAGUAGCUUUGAAAUACAUUUUUCUCCAAACUGUAUUUCCUGUAU